AUGAUGGAAGCCAGUAACGGGAUGGUUGCACUUGUCAGAGAUUACUUUGAGAAGGUCAAGAUCACGCUUGGAGUUACUGCAGAGAAUUUCAACACAAGUCAUACUGUGAGCGUCAACGUGAAAAAGGGACUGACAAACUUACAUCUGCUGAAAUGGACUCAUAAUAGAACAAUCAUAUUCUAUAAAGACCAAGGCCGAGUGCCUGUUGGAAAGCCAGAGGACAUCACUCAUACUGGAUCUCUUAUUCUGAAGAACAUACAACCCUCCAGUGUGGGGACUUACCAGGUAGAUGUGCUGCAUCCCAAUCGAACAAUGGCUGAAACCUGGACUGGUCAUCUCUGUAUGAUGGACAAGGUAUCAAAACCUCAACUCACUUAUCACUGUGACGUCAAGUCUAGUGCUGUAAAUCUAAAUUGCAAUGUAGCUAAACCUCAGGGUUUGCUGUUCUCAUGGACACUCGAUGAAAAGACUUUAACAAGCGAAACAAGACAAACACUGAGCAUAUCAUUGGCACAGCUGAAAGGGGAGAAAAGCUUUACAUGUAGUGUAACAAACAAAGUCAGCAAGGAGAAGAGUGACAGUGUUCGUCCAACCUGUGAAAGUCCAUCACCAUCUUUGCUAUGUUUUACAUCCAAAACUGUUGUGGCAGUGCUAGCAGGAGGAGCAGGUCUGCUUCUGCUUUUGCUCGUUAUUAUCAUCAUAUUAUGUUGCUGCCACAGAUGCAAUAAAACCCAAAUGAGAUCCAGGGAUAAAGUGGGACUCAGGAUGCUUUCUGUAAGCAAACUCGAGCCUGACUCCAUCAGCCCCGACUAUGAGACUAUGCACCCGACUGAGGACUCUCCACCCCUGAGCCCCGAGCCUUCGCCCAGAGCCUGUUAUGAGAAUGUUUCUCAGCCUGAAGCUCAGACUGAAAACAGGCCUCCCCAGCUAUCCACAGCUGCUGAAAGACUACAACCGUCACCGGUGCCAAAGCCGAGGACGAAGAGCCCCCAGACACUAAACAUCUGAAUAUGUCUCCCUCAAUUAACAUCCCAGAAACUAAGACAAAAAACAUGUCUUUUGCUUGAUAACAUACAACUAAACCAAAAUGAAGAAAAUGUCUUAUUUUUGUCAAAUGUACAAAUGCUUUAUCACUUCAACAGUUUCGUGUACACCUAUACAUAUGCAGAAAAUUGACAAAGGAACCAUCUGAUCAAUGUCAUUUUGUUGUUAAUGUUUUAAAAUAUAGCAGUUACAGUGCUGGGAGUUAAGAUUUGGUGGGAAGUAUGAAGGAGGUGUUGCUCUGAUCACUGGUACAUAUGAUGAUAAAACAAUACCUCUCCUGGAUGAA